AUGGCCAUUCCAACAAAAGAAAAGGGUAGCCGCCUCACUGACGCCAAUAUUCUAUUCGAUCUCCAAAUGUACAAGUCCGUCACCGAUUCAGACACCCGCAAUGUUUGGGCCUUCUGGGACAAAGACCUCGUCGAGGGCUCACCCAACCAUGUGUCCCAGUAUAUUCCACGAGAAAUGCUCUCAGAUGUCUUCUGGAAUCGAACAAUGACAGGUCCUCAUGUAGGACAGCAUAGCUCUGACCUUAUCCGCCUACCGCUACUCUACCUCUAUGGCGGAGUGUGGCUGGACGCCCUAUGCUUGAAUGCCUUUGAAGAUCCCGGGACUCCGUACGAGGUGGUGGCAUUCAAGGUUUCUAUGGGCCCCGAGUUAUCCUUCCUGUUCAACGGGUUCAUUGCGGUGCGGCGGGGAAGUGUCUGCAUCAAGUGUUGGCAUGGAAUUUCUGCACGCUGUGGGAUGGCGCAACGAGCUGUGUGGGGAUGCAUUCACACCCGCUGCUGGCGCAUCUGCCGGUCUACGAGCCGCCCUCGUUGGACGGAAAGCGCCCACCGUUCAUUUGACUCCAAAACGGGAUGGGACGGACCAAAGUUCUUCGAAGAGAAUCUUUUGCUCUUUGAUUGUGUGACAGAAGCAUACUGGGUGCAGGGAUUGAUGGACUGGAAUGGGAGGAAGCAGUAUGAGUUGUUGGACUUGCAACGCGGUGAGGACGGUUUGGACAAUGCGCGAGUGAAGGAGGCUGAGGCACUUGUCCAAGGUAUGCUGAGCAUGUCAUCGACAAUGAAGCUGCCACAUGGCCUUGUCACUGCAGGCCGAGAUUACUUAACUGAUAUACGGGACAAUCCAGAGAACCACGACGCGGAUAUCAGACCAGGAACGUUUGCAGCGUACUUGAGACAGGCCAGCGAGACGUUUGAGCAGACAAAAGAGCUGGUGCCGCUUAAGAUGCCUGUGAUCGAGAAGGUGCUGCUUCAGGCGGGAAUCACAGAGGUGGUUGGAUAG